GCAUUCCUUAUUAAAUGAAAUGAAUUAAAGCGGAAAACACAUGUAGUGAUUUCCAGAGCCCUGACGUCAUCAUACCGCGACAGAAGCGGGGCCAGUUGGCUGACGCAUGGUUGGAGUUCAAGCCGGGAUUUGAUCGGAGAGACAAAAUGGAUCUGGUGCCUAGCCCGGUCACCCUCGGUGUUUUAGCAGGAGUGAGCUGUGGGCUGUGUUUAGGCUGGUUCCUUCGCGGUCGCUCCUCCAGGUGCCCCAACACCCUGAAGCCUCCGGCGGGGAAUGACCCGGGCGGCGAGACCAGCGUGAUGGGAGAGGGAGGAGAAUUCAAAAUGAUCCUUGUGGUACGAAGCGACCUGAAGAUGGGGAAGGGCAAGGUGGCGGCGCAGUGUUCCCACGCCGCUGUCUCGGCAUACAAGCAGGUCCAGAGGAGGAGCCCGGAGAUGCUGAAACAGUGGGAGUACUGUGGGCAGCCGAAGGUCGUGGUCAAGGCCCCCGACGAAGACAGCUUGAUCGAACUGCUGGCUCAUGCAAAGGAGCUGGGGCUGCCUAUUAGCUUAAUCCAGGACGCUGGGCGAACCCAGAUUGCUCCAGGUUCACGUACAGUGUUAGGUGUGGGGCCUGGCCCUAGUGACCUAGUGGACAAGGUAACUGGACACCUGAAACUCUAUUAAUGGCCCGUUUCCUCUGCUAAACCACAUGCAGUCAGAGCUCAAGCCCUUCGUAGAAUCUUCCAACCUUUGCCCCCUUAAAAACAUUUCAAUAUAUCUGAAGAUCAGUCCUAAGUGAAUGCACAUGUUCGUAAUAUAUCAGCAACACAGGUUCCAGGUGAAAGUAGAGAAUAUUUACAAAACCAGAUUAUAAAGAAGGAGAGCGGGGGGAAUUGUUCUUACCCAGUUAAAUCCUUUUGAAAGCUUGGAGUCAACUCCAAAAUAAGUUAAUCCAUAUUUACUUUGCAUUGCCUGGAUAAAAUAUAUUUUUUAAAGCGGUUGUAAAAACUCAUUCCUGUUGUAUUUUGAGUAACAGUUGAAGUAUUAACUUGAUCUAUUCCAGUUCCUAUGCAGUUAAAGAGUUUAUUUUUCUUCAUUCAGAAAUCAAUCCUCAGACUCUAUCCCUUCAGUCCUGUAAUGCAAUAUAAUAAAAACAGAUAUUGCUACACCACUGCAAUCAAUGGAAGAAUUCUGCUUUUGGUCCCUUAAAAGUCUUAACUUAAAAGGUGUAGCAUAUCAUUUUAAAUAUCUUUAAAAAAACUACAAAGGAUGCUACAAAAUCAAUCAUUCUAUUACUAAGUGAAAUAUGUUAAAAAAACAGCAUCUAUGUAUUAAUGAAUAGUCAAGAAAAUGUUUCAGACCAUUUAACUUGUACUUCUCAAACAGUAGUGGUAGGUGGUCUUUAUCAGUGCUAAUCUGGUCCAUCUGGUUAAACCACUCAGUAAACUAUUCAUAACCCUG